AUGAAGAAGGACGACGCCUAUUACCUGGAGAUAGAAGAGUCUACAGAUGACCAGACAAGACCCACGUCGACACCCAGUCAAUGUGAAGGACACUGGUCUCUGGAAGUUUCGUGUGCAGGCGUCACGGGAAAGAGGUUUCCUGUACGUCUGCCAGAUGGACAACAUGGGAAGCCAGGACCUCCAGCUCCACCAGGUCGCGAUGGCAAACCAGGAUCAGCAGAACAUCCUGGUUUACCAGGACUUCAGGGUCCGCCAGGACAAAAAGGAGAUUCUGGUCUACACGGAUUUCAGGGUCUGCCGGGGCAAAAAGGAUAUUCUGGUCUACCAGGACUUCAGGGUCCGCCAGGACAAAAAGGAGAUUCUGGUCUACACGGAUUUCAGGGUCUGCCAGGGCAAAAAGGAGAUUCUGGUCUACCAGGACUUCAGGGUCCGCCAGCAAUUCAGGGUCUGCCAGGACUUCAGGGUCCGCCAGGACAAACAGGAGAUUCUGGUCUACCAGUACUUCAGGGUCUGACAGAGCAAAAAGGAGAUUCUGGUCUACAAGGAUGUCAGGGUCUGCCAGGGCAAAAAGGAGAUUCUGGUCCACCAGGACUUCAGGGUCUGCCAGGGCAAAAAGGAGAUUCUGGUCUACCAGAACUUCAGGGUCCGCCAGGGCAAAAGGGAGAUUCUGGUCUACACGGAUUUCAGGGUCUGCCAGGGCAAAAAGGAGAUUCUGGUCUACCAGGACUUCAGGGUCCGCCAGGAAUUCAGGGUCUGCCAGGACUUCAGGGUCCGCCAGGACAAACAGGAGAUUCUGGUCUACCAGAACUUCAGGGUCUGACAGGGCAAAAAGGAGAUUCUGGUCUACAAGGAUGUCAGGGUCUGCCAGGGCAAAAAGGAGAUUCUGGUCCACCAGGACUUCAGGGUCUGCCAGGGCAAAAAGGAGAUUCUGGUCUACCAGAACUUCAGGGUCCGCCAGGGCAAAAGGGAGAUUCUGGUCUACACGGAUUUCAGGGUCUGCCAGGGCAAAAAGGAGAUUCUGGUCUACCAGGACUUCAGGGUCCGCCAGUAAAGUCAACGCCGACAGUUGCAUUCCACGUACAACUGAAAGGUCACCUUUACCUGGAAGAUUUUCACCGUAACCCAAAAGUAAUUCUGUAUGACACGAUUGUACUUAACAUUUUUGGUAGCUACGAUGAGAAAACUGGAAAAUGUACAGCUCCACACAGUGAUAUCUACAACUUCAUUAUUUUUAUGGCUGCUCAAGAAGGAAAAGAACUGGACGAGGGUGACAAGGUCUGGGUUGCACCUGUAGAGAACGCGCCACAUCUCUAUGGAUACGGAUUCUGCGACUUCUCAGGCCACCUCGUGUCCUUGUUGGACUAG